UUUCACUCUCUUUCCCUCCGGCCUCAUCCCCACUCCUCUUUUGUCCUCACCCCUCUCUCUUCCCGUGUUCCCUGGGUUGACCUAGAUCGGCUCAUAGCCUGCCCAAGGUGAUACUAUUUCCGUAUCCAGCAUGGGUCGGGGCUUUACUAUCGGCCUGGCCGCAUUUGCGGCUACCGGGUCGUUCCUCUUCGGGUAUGACAGCGGAGUCAUGACCGAUGUGAUCGAAUCGAAGAAUUUCCUGGCCUUCUUCGACACGGUCCAGACAUCUCCCAUUAUUGGGGCCAUUAAUAGUACAUUUUCCGGUGGAGCUGCCUUGGGCUCCCUCCAGGGAGGACUUACGAUGGAUCGGUUCGGCCGUAAAUUCACUAUACAGAUGGGCGCCGUAAUCUGCCUUGUUGGAGCUAUACUUCAGACCGCUGCUCAGAACUUGGCUAUGAUGCUUGUUGGCCGUAUUCUAGCUGGGUGGGCUGUCGGUAUUCUGUCGAUGUCGGUCCCAGUUUAUCAAGCGGAAUGUGCUCAUCCGCGAAGCCGAGGUUUUAUCAUCGGGUUAUCACAACAAAUGAUCGGCAUCGGGUUCAUUGUCAGCACAUGGGUCGGAUUUGGAUCACUCCACGCCCCGGAAACCAGCGAGUUCCAGUGGCGGUUCCCUCUGGCAUUUCAGACAGUGCCUUGCAUACUGCUAGCGGUGGGAAUGUUCUUCAUGCCUGAAUCUCCAAGAUACCUGGUCGAAAAAGAACGGUAUGAGGAAGGCAUGAAGAUCCUGCGGAAGUUACAUUAUGACGGCACGAAUGACGAAUGGAUCCAAACGGAGUACAACGAGAUCAAAACAACCAUCGACGCUGAGAAGGCCGUUACAGCCUCGGGUUGGCUCAUCAUGUUCCAGGUUCCCCAGUGGCGGACUCGGUUGUUUCACGGUAUUGCCGUUCAGUGUUUUGCACAAAUGACCGCUGUCAAUGUGAUUGGCUACUACCAAACUAUCUUGUACAACUCGCUCGGAAUUACAGGAGGUCGCAACAUCCUCGUCGCUGGUAUCUAUAACUGCGUGGGACCGGUUUGCAACUUGAUCUUCAUCUUCUUCCUCCUUGAUAGAGUGGGGCGCCGGAAGCCCAUGUUGUAUGGCUCAAUUGCUGUCACCAUCGUCCUGAUUUGCGAGGCCGCCCUUACUUCGGUGAACGAAGAUGGGUCCCGGACGAGUUACAGCAUCGCCGGCGUGUUUUUCAUUUUCUGCAUCACCGUUAUUUUCUCCUUCUCGUACGGAUCAUGCGCCUGGGUCUACAUGGCCGAAGUCAUGCCGAUGCAAAUCCGAGGCCGAGGAAAUGCCGUCGCGACCAGCCUGGGAAACUGGGUUGUAAGCACGAUCUGGAAUCAAGUUGCACCGAUCGCAUUUGGAAAGAUUCAUUGGAGGUUCUACCUGGUCUUCAUUCUCUUCAAUGCCUGUAUCACCAUCCCAACGGUCUUUUUCCUGUUCAAGGAGACCAAACAGAAGUCUCUGGAAGAAAUCGAUCUUCUCUUCGGUGGACGGGCGUUGGGCACGUUGCCGGAGAAUGUAGAAGCGAAGGCGGCCGAGGCGGAAAAUGAUAAGGCGGAAGAAGCUGGGGUAUCGUAUACGAAUGUGGAGUAUACUAGUCAAGUGUGAUUUAUUUACAUGACAUGAAGUAUGAUGUAUGUAUGUAUUGUGUGCAGAUCAAAUGAACGUGAACCAUGUGUGAUGUCGU